AUUUCCGGCGCCGGACUCCCCGCCCCACGGCGUGUGCCUUCUCGUCGACCGCUGCGGAUCCGUAGGGAAGCGGUUCGGGCAUAGGCCGGGUGGUGUGGUCUCCUGCCUGGACAGUGUGAAAGAACAAUGCAGAAGGACUCCGGCCCACUAGUGCCUUUACAUUGGAUUGGCUUUGGCUAUGCAGCACUGGUUGCUUCUGGUGGGAUCAUUGGCUAUGCCAAAGCAGGUAGUGUCCCAUCCCUGGCUGCUGGGCUCCUCUUCGGUGGUUUAGCAGGCUUGGGUGCUUAUCAGCUGUCUCAGGACCCAAAGAACGUUUGGGUUUUCCUAGUUACAUCUGGAACCUUGGCUGGCAUUAUGGGAAUGAGAUUCUACCACUCUGGAAAAUUUAUGCCUGCAGGCUUAAUUGCAGGUGCCAGUUUGCUGAUGGUCGCCAAACUUGGAAUUAGCGUGCUCAAUAGACCCCAUUGAUCAUAGUCAUGUCCCAGCUUGGGCUCAUGAAGAAUUUUAAAACUUCCACUAUUUUUAUUAAGAGAAAUAAAUGGAGCAUUUUCACAUAUACUGAUAAUUUUACUUAAAAGAAAAAAGAUACUGAACUUUGCAGAGAAAAUUAUCAGUCAUUAUUACAACCCUAAAGAGGUGGGUAUCAUAUAACAUACGAGCUUAUUAUAAUACUCUCAUAUAAUUUGAUUCUUACAUGUAUUGAUGUUUUUUCUUCAUUUUGUAUUUUUACAUAAAGUCUCAAAGGGUAAAAUAUUAAGUGUCAACACUGAGGGCCCUGAAACCCCAUUCCCUACUUAGAGGAACAGUGUGAAAAAAAAUCUCAUGAGAUUAGGAUAUCUGUUCCUUUGCUCAUCUUAGAGCACAGACCUACUUUGAAAUUAUGUUAAAUGAAAU